AUGUUCUCCUUCCGAUCCAACUUCUUUUCCAACCUCCUGUCCGGCGGCUAUGGAUCAGCUCUCAAGCUUGAUCUGCCUCCAGUCGAGUCGAUCGACAUUGAAGAAACGCCAGAGAAACGAGCGCGUACGCUCAAGCACCUGAUCAAGGCCAACCACAUCAACCACUCGAUCAUCUACCACCACCUCGAGUUCCACAACCACUCGCCUCAUAUUCUGGGAACCGCCUACUUCCUCGGUGCCAACGUUGAUCAACUGCUCGAAAUCUAUGAGAAAGAGUCAAAGGAACUCGAGCCCUGGGAAGAUGCACCUUCGGAGAUUGCGAGGCACGACUGGCGUGACUUUCUGGGAAAGAGAGAGUACCAGCGCGCGUGGGUAGAUUUCUUCGAGGAUCAGCUUGUCCAGUUUGGCUACGACUGGCGAGAGCUGCUUGACGACUUCUUGUACUCUGGAAAGCAGCCUCUGAUCAAUAACCUGAUCGCCGGACUCGCCCAUCCUCUUAUUCACCUCGGUUUCGCCCUUGAACUCGCUUCUCCCACUGUUGCCAUUGAAUCGCUGGCCUUGGUCGCAGCCUUCUACAACGAUCAACACGUCUACCUGGACGACCCCUCAUACACAAAGCCUUCGUCCUGGUCCUCACAGAACCCCUUCGACGUCAUUCAGAAGGUGCACAAUGACUCUCGUCUGGACUCGUUCUUCGAGAAGCCCGGAGAAGACAACUACAGUGCACUGACCGAGGACAAGGAGAAGGAAGCUGUUCUGCUCGAAUAUUGGAACAGCUGGACAAUCACCGAUCCCAAGUCUCAGUUCGAAGCCGCCCAACGUGCCGCCGUUGCAUUACUGGUCGGCUCACCCGAGAAAGGUCAGAAGUUCGACUUCUUCCUCGUCCAUAUCCUCACCAGCUCUCACGCUGUGCGUGUUAUUGCUCCGUUGAUUCGACCCACGUAUCACGUUCCGCUACUCAGGCAGUGGUGGCUGUUCUUGCUCACCGCGUAUAUCGCUCAACUUCGUCCGGCUGUCAACAGGGCUAAGAUUUCGGACGUGGAUCUUGCGGGAAGAGACUGGAAGUGGGUAGCCGAUCGUGCCGUCAACAGUGAAUGGGCCAAGGAUGCUCACUUUGUCAAAGGUAACAUGGUCAAAUCUCUUGUCUACGUGAACCCUGCUGACCACCAUCUCACCUUAGCAUGUCGCUCGAUACAAGAAGCUGCGAAAACAUGGGGCGAUGAAGACCAGUACUUCCUUAAGGCUGCUGUCAAGUUUUCUAGCGAAUUCAAUGGCUGGGGAGGCUUCAGUGCAUUGUCUGAAGAUGAGGCAGAAGCCACCGCUUCCAACAUUGGCUUUGCUGCAAGGCACCGUGGUUGA